AUGGAAGCCCAUCGAAGUCGACUGCUCACCACAGCACGUCCUUAUCUUCAGGUUUUUUCCAUAUUCGGUCUCACACCCCCGCCUGUAUUUUUCACCAGGACAUUGCACAUACGACGUAGAGGAUACUUCAUAGCAGGAAACAGUUGCUAUUUACUGGCAAUCCUUUCGGUGGUCAUAUAUGAGUGCUAUGCGAAUAUUAUAGCCCUACAACGGGAUAUACAUCAGUUCCACGCUGAGGAUUUCAGCAAAGUGAUGGGAAGAACACAAAAGUUUCUUAUGGUAGCCAUGGCUACUUGCAAUCAGAUAAAUAUGCUGCUGAACUUUCGACGUCUUCGAAGGAUCUAUGAGGAAAUUGCGGAUCUGGAGCAUGAGAUGGAUAAAGUAUUUAUUGGUUCUAUUAAACAAAGGCCCUGGUGGAGCUUUCGUUUCCGACUGGGCCUUUCUGUGGGACUGUGGAUCGUUACUCUAGUGGGUUUUAUGCCACACGUUACGCUGGGACGCCAAGGAACCCGUUUCCACUGGACAAACGAAAUACUCACCGAGAUAAUCCUUAUAAUGCAGCAACUUAAGGGUCCUGAGUUUUGCCUCUUCGUUCUGCUGGUCUAUGAGUUGAUCCUUCGAGGGCGUCAUAUCCUCGAGGAAAUCCAUUCCGAACUUGAGGAUUGUAAUUGCAGGAACAGAAUUCAAGAGCUAUGUGUUACCUUGAAACGGAAUCAGUUGCUGGUUGGACGAAUCUGGAGUUUGGUGGAAGAGAUUGGAAAAUAUUUCAACGUAUCUAUGAUGCUGCUGUUCCUGUACAAUGGACUCACCAUUCUGCACAUUGUCAACUGGGCCAUCACGAAAUCUAUCAAUCCCAAUGAUUCCCAUCAAUACAGAAGAUUAGGGGCUGCUCUAUUACUAUCGAUCAAUCUUCUGCUGGCCUGUCUUUAUAGUGAAUACUGCAUUCGAGCUUACAAUAGCAUUACACGAAUUCUUCACCAAAUUGGGUACUUACCUGUAGCUGAGGAAUUUUCAAUACUUAAAAUGGGACGAAGAGAAUACUCCUUGCAAAUGCAACAUCUUAAGCUCCUUUUCACCUGCGGAGGGUUCUUUGACAUUAAUCUCAAGUACUUUGGAGGGAUGGUGGUCACCAUACUUGGAUAUAUAAUUAUUGUGGUACAGUUCAAAAUUCAGUUCCUUGCGCAAUUAAAAUAUAAUCGAAAUAAUAGCGAAAUUAUUGAUUAA